UAUGCUGAGACGGCAGCUAAUCGUCGGUACGUCCACGAGAGCGACCGAAACGCUCGCGCCAAUGAUACGCUGCGUUCAGUGGCGCCGCGCGCACCUGUCGUGACACGCGCCGAGCGUCAGUGGGCGAAAGUGUCGGGGGGUUUCCUCGCCCGCUCGUGUCAGUCGGUGCGGAGUUGCUGUCACUUCGGCGGAGCGGCGGAGCUCUCACCGGUUGCGGAAUGUCGAGGUCGCUUGUUCCAAAAUAGUUCCUGUGCCGUUGAGAACUCAUGCGCCUCAAAGCUGCUGCCUCAUCAUCUCGUUGCGAUUUGGAGCGAAAGCGAGCGGAGGCGGCGAUUUAACCACAACAGAUCAACCAACAGGACUAGUGGACUGGGCUCUCAGGGCAUGACUACUACAAACAAGGGAAACAAGGCCUUGAAGGUGAAGCGGGAGCCGGGGGAAAAUGGCACCAGCCUUACCGAUGACGAGCUGGUGACCAUGUCAGUCCGGGAGUUAAACCAGCAUCUACGGGGCCUGACUAAGGAGGAAAUCGUUCAGCUGAAACAACGGCGGCGCACCCUAAAAAACCGAGGCUACGCCGCCAGCUGCCGGGUGAAGCGCGUCACUCAGAAGGAAGAGCUGGAGAAGCAGAAAGCUCUUUUGCAGCAGGAAGUGGACAAGCUGGCCACCGAGAACGCCAGCAUGAAGGUGGAACUCGAUGCGCUACGCUCAAAGUACGAAGCCCUCCAAAGCUUUGCCAGAACUGUGGCCCGCAAUCCCGUCACCUCAGCCCGGGGGCCCAUGGCCUCCGUCAUCGGGCCCCUCAUUCCUGGUAAAGUAGCAGCCACCAGCGUUAUCACCAUCGUCAAGUCCAAAACAGAAGCGAGGUCAUAGUAGCAGCAAAGGGGAGGAGGAAUCAAGUCAGUGCAUUUUAACGACUGGAAAAAAAAAUGUGCUUCCUCGCUUGUCAAUCAAAGUCGGAUGACCUAUUGGCAAUACUUUCUUUAUCUCCUGCACCUGUCAGAAGUCGUUAUUUUAUUCCCGCCUUGAUCCAUUUCCAUCCAGAGAUUCUGUGAAUUGUUGCUCUAUUGACCCAGCUAGCGCUUAGCGAGUCAAACAAAAGCCCUCGUCUUCAUAUGCUCCAAUAAGGAAUCUUUUUUUAUUUAUUUUUUCCGUGUUAGCGGCCUUAUUUAUCAAUCUAGAAUCAAGAUGCAGAUUGAGGUUUCUCAAGGCUCCCCUUGGCUUGUUAUCAUGCACUGACUUCAACUCGAUUUUAAUCUCUAAAACACCAAGACUAACUCCAAAAUUGUAUUGAUCCCCCGUCCAGGUUACAAGCAGACGGAAUGUUUCAAGCGCUAGCAUGCAUUUCCGUUUCAUCAGUCCGUAACCGGGGUCAAGUCGUCAUAUCAUUACCGAAACGACUGCUAGAUGCAAUAAUAUGUGUAUGCACUGAAAAUACAAAGAGGUCUUGCCCAUUUAUGGUGUAUGAAAAUGUAAAAAAAAAAACCAAUGGUAUUGCUGAAGGGUUCAGUGCCAUUCCGAUAUGACGAGAAAACCUGAAUGUUAUCGAGUAAUAUUUUUGUCCUCUUCGGUGUUUCCACAUUCACAAAUAUGUUUAUUUAAACGGUGUACAUUUCUUUUUGUAUUUGUCGACAGGGCCAUCCGAUAUUUCCAAACAAAAAACAAACAAAAAAACUCUCACAAGCUUUACUGUUUUCAAUGUUAAGAUGUAGAGAACUUUGUCUAAUGUUGUUUUUCUUACUAGGUAGAUGAACUUUCAUCGUUUCUAGAAACAGAAAAAGGAAAAAAAAAAAAUCCCGUGAAAUAUUUUUUUGCAAUUGUACCGAAAGUGGCUUACUAUUGAAGUCUGAUAGCUUUUUCUAGUGACUAGGCGCAUACUGUGGGGUAGCGCGUGACGUGACGUGUAAGUGACAAGUUGGCAGUGUCGUUCACUGUAUAGAUGUCAAUGCUGUGCUAUUUAAAAACAACUCUGUAGAGCUAAACUAGGUGGUGUGAACAAGGUCAAAUGUCGUCGUGCGUAUUGGCAUCUGUGAUAUCCUCCGCUUCCUCGGUGUUAGUUACGUAAGCAUCACGACGAGCCACGCAGAGGUGGGAUUUAAAACGAGGCCGCUCAUCCAGUUAGCAUUGCUGUACGGAAAAGCUGUCAUGGCCGGACGCCCUCUAAAUAUACCCUCCGUAACCUGAAAGUAAAUGACUUCAUUAUUGGAAGGAUUUCAUUACCAUAUUCAUCCCCGGCGCUUAAUUGGUCUGAAUGAGAUGGCUGGAAUAUAAAUGAGUCACCUGCGAGUGUCGAUAUAUCGGCUCUUAAUACAGAGGUUACGGAGAUGGGUUCCUUUUUCUACCGAGGGGUUUGUAUGCACUACGCUUGUUUUGCUCAGGACAAAAUGGUUCAUUGGACAAAUGAACAAAUCCUCCCAGACCAGAAGCGGGGACGGCAGCUCUGUUCAUUUGGCUGGCUUUCUUUUGUAGUAAUAAUCAUGUCAUAAAGGGCUUCAAUCCACACGCAGAAAGAGACGCAGCAUGACCACGUAGAGUUACAAUCAACGGCAUGUGCCAGCAGCGCUUCCUCCGUGCCAAGUGUCGCAUCCCCUCAUGCUCCUCCAAGAGAAACUGAAUAGCAAAGCUUUUUUUUUCCACACCUCAAGGUGAGACUCGUGUGAUGACAUGAACAGAAUGCACUUCAUCCUAAUCUCCUGCUGGUCAGAGUGUCUUAAAAGCGUCAGCGAGUUCUUGAUCUAUAGUCCGAAAUCGACGCCUCAGCAAGUCUCCCGACUGCGGCGCGGCUGCCGGUUGUUCUGCGUGCAAGUUUCCGUCAACAUGCAUAGCUGUUCACAUCGACUGGUUAACUGUGGGAAAAUAUCAAUAUAUAUCUUUGACUCUUGACAUAGCGCGGUGUUGAUGUUGGCGUCCUUAUUGCUGUGGCCGUCUUGUGGAGUAAACCUUUUUCGUGUCAAGUGUCUUUAAAGGUGUUGGAGUGGCACCGCCCGACCAAUCGGAAUCAACGCUACGAUUCUAUCUACACACACACACACACGCGGCGACACACACUCACGUACAGGUGUAUAGUAUGUAGCUCCAGUAGGUAUUGAUGACCAUUGUGAAAAAGUGACCCUUAAUAUGCAACUCAGUGGAAAGGUGUGAAAGAGUAGCUGUACGAGUAAUCGGUAUUGUCCAAGUGACUGUGGUCUGUUCUUUAAUAUUUGCUGUGUUUCAUUUGAUUUUCUUGCUCUUUUAACCACUAGUUUAUGAAAGGGAAUGGAAUGUAGUUAAAGCAGACCGGAACCAAUGAGCUGUGUGCGUCAGGAAGGUAAAUGUGGCCCAUCCUGAUCCUUUACACUGUAGUAAUACUGGGGAGUUGGUGAGUUUUCUUUGGAUUAAACUACACAUUUGGCGACGUUUUCAUGCAACAGAAGUCGUAGUCUCGAUGAGCCUCUUCCGAUUUGUCCUCAAAAUGUUUCAGAAUUCAGAAGCAGACGUGUCGCUUUUCUCUCUCUAUCUGACCAAAAUUAAAAGUUAGUCCCAUCUAGUCUAGUACACAUGGAGUGAAGCCACGAAGUGCUCUUCUUCAGGUGCUGAAGUGACAGCAUGUUCGUCCCCCUCUGCGCCUUCUACGGCUUCUGCUUAAUUUUUUAAAUUAUACUUCAUUAUUUUUCGGACAAAAAAAGUAUAUUUUAAGGCCAAGUGUUAUUUUUCUUUUUAAACAAUCUCCAUAAUUGAGGGUUUCCGCCAGGAUUUUUGGAAACUGUGGCUGCACAAAAAAAAAAAAAUGGAACGGAACCCAGCCGAUCAAGAAGCAAUAGAAUCAGAGGGGAAAGUUUUACAUUUACUAAAUUGGUGACAAUGAAAACACUAGUUUUUAAUCAAAUCUGCCUCCAUUCUGUAGAGGUCAGUCUCUUCAUAUGUCCGGCUGGAACACGCGACUUGAGUUCCGCAAGCAAUGGACUUCAGUCAUUAUGAGGUUUCUUUCGGGAUUUUUCCGCCAAAAACGGGCAUGUUCAAGUCCACCUCCAUGAUGCAUUACAUGUUAUCCAUUUGUGUCAAUGGUUCCACUUAAUUUUAAUACGCUUUAUCACGUUCAUCUUUAAAAAGCGAUCAUGAUUCUGAAUGUUUGCCGAUGCGCCAGGAUCGCUUGUAAGUAGCGGAAACCCUGUAAUUAAACACCACCAGGGGUGGUCUCACUUUCAUUCAGUUUUCUUUCACUGCAUUAAGAAGGAACUCAACUCUUUCCAACUCCUGACAAAUCGAAAAUAACCUGCUUUAACUAUAUUCCAUUUCAUUCCUACAAAGAUGCGCUUUUUCACCUCCAUCGACCCCGGAUCAAGUGAGCCUUUCCUCCAGUAUUGGGGAUUCAACUGUCUUGACAUAACUGGCUGAACAAAGUAGUUGAUUUUGUGCCGAGGGCCUCUUGUGAUAUUUGUUUGUCUCUGUACGUUUGCUAAUGGACGCUCACCUGCUGCUACAUCAGUCAUUUAUGCUAAUUAUUGCUGUCAUUUUUACACCGAUUCUGUCCCUCCUGUUUUUAAGCUCUUCUGUUCCGUCGAUGGGGAUCGGUCACUGUACUGUGCGACUUCUGCUCCCAGCAGCUUUUUUCCUUUAUCUGUACUCUUUGUUUUGAGACUUACAAGUGAGUGAUGCAAAGUGUUUUGUUAUUUUUCUGUAUGGGUUGUUAUAAAAAUAUUGCAGUACUUUGUAUGAGAAAUAGUUAAUUUUAACUAUUUAUAAAUUAAAUUAUUGUACUUUUUUGCAAUCUGUAGAUAAGUACUAUGUAUUCAUAUAUACAGUAACAACUGUGGGUUUAAAUGUGAUUCUCUGAGGUGUCUAAGUUAUUAAUGUAUAUAUUGUAUGUUUGUUGAUACAGCUUACUUUAUUUUAUAAGAUCAAUAAAAUGUUU